AUGCUGGGAAUAUUUAGAGCCAACAAGCAUGUUAUAACGCUAUCCAAAUCUCUCCGAUCUUAUUCGUCGAUAGCAGUUGGUGUGGAAGAUAUAUCUUCACAACAUACAAACUCGACCGAAUCGGUAGUAGUGGCUUCGACCACCACAAAAUCGUCAACCACACCAAACUCAUCUACUAUUCAGCAAAUUUUAAAAAACUUACCUUCAGCAAAAUUAACAGAAUCAUACAGACUAAGUUCAGUUUUACUUUCAGAUAUUCAUAGCAGCAAUAAUUCUCGUGAUGAUCAAAUUCGUCAAGAAUUGGUAUUGUUAAGAGAUCAACGAGAUUAUCCCAAUUUAAUCAAGAUUCUCGAAGUGUGGUCUAGUAAAGACAUCAAGGGGAUGAUGAAAGUAUUGGGUCAUGAAACUGUUUCUAAUUAUUUAGGUGAGAUAAUUUCUUUUGGGCAUUUAUCGAUAUUUAGACAUUACAAUUUGACACCAAUUUUAAACUCAAUUAAGGUCCAUUCUUCAUCAAGAUCUAAACGUAAAUUCACGCCUCAUGAUAUUACUAAAUCCAUCAGAAAUAUAUACAGCAAUAUUUUAUAUGAUACCAACAAAAGUAGGGAACACAUUUAUGAUCGUGAGAAAAGAAAAGAUAUUUAUGCUAGUGGGAAUUUAACGGGGUCUAAAUUGAGUGUUAGUGAUUUCGAAAAUUUAAUUAGACUUGAAUUGAGUAAUUUUAAAGUCGAUCUUGCGUCUAGAUGGUUUAAACUUUUUAGAAAGUAUCAAGGAGGUGAUGAACUGUACAAACUGAAAAUGACCCCUGAAUUAUGGAAAUUGGUUUUCAGAAUGGAAGCCGGUGGGGAUAACAAAUUAUGGAUCAUUAAACCUACAGAAUUGUCAAACAUAUCAUAUAACCCUAUGUAUAGAAGAGGAUAUAUUGGCCAACACGUUAAUUUUUCAAUUCAAGACAUUCAAGAUAGUUCAGUUUGGUCAGAUUUGGAUUUAGAAUUCCAUGGUUGUAUAGUGCAGCAUUUUGGAUACAAUGGGAAAAUUGACAUUUUGAAGAAAUAUGUGGAAACUAUAUGGGGUAUCAAUAGCAAGGGGCAAUUGAGUGGAACCAAACUUUCCAAAUUCGAUCGUUUAUAUCCAGAUUUGAAAUUUUUAAGCAGCUUAUUUGUAUCAUUAGCAUAUAAUGGAGAAUUUUAUUAUGCUAUCAAAUACGUCAACAAUUUCCAAAAAAUAUAUGACGAAAUGGAUAAUACUCAACUCGCUAAUAAAAAUUUCUGGGAACGAGUAUUCCAUUGGGCAAAUAUAUCAACAUCAUUUACUGAAGAGAAUGCAUUGAAAUAUUUCCUCAAACAAAGUAAUUAUAUUGGAGAAGGUGUGGAAAGUUUAACGUUACAAGAACUCACAAACGAUGUUGACUUUGAUUAUGAAGGUUAUUUGCAAUUUUUAAACAAAUUGAAAGUUGAAAGAUGUGAUAUCUUCAACCAAAUUUGGCAAAUUAUUCACCAAGAAGAGGAAAAUUUUGGAUUCUCAAAUUACAUUUAUAAAUUGUAUUUGAAUUUUUUAAAAGAACAUAUCAUUUCUACAGAAGUGGAAACGGAACAGAAAUAUUACGAUUAUUUAUCGAUUUUACUAAAAAAAUACCAAUUAUAUCACGUUGAUGCAAAAUCUUUUACCAAAAGAGGUAACUUGGGAUUUUUCCCAACUAAUGAUAUUGAUAAAUCAAUACGGGUGCUCUAUACUGAUGCUCUACGAGCAUUGAUUGACUAUAAAGGGGAACAAUUAAAAAUUGGUCAUAUCGAACCAUUGAUUAAUGAAUGGAGUCUAGAUAAUGAGAUGAGAUUGGAAUUAGAAGAUUGGGUUGCAAAUGAUAGAAUAAAGUAUUAUAAAGAAAAAUUGGAAACAAGACGUGAACAAUUUAUGAAUAAUUUAAGAUCUGAUGAUAAUGAUAAUGAUUCGCUCUUAGAUUUAAUGUGA